AAAAACAAGAUUUGUGAGAUGAAGAGGAAACAAAUACAAGAAAAACGAUUAGAAGAACUUAACCGUCUCAGAGAUAUCUAUGAAAUUUGUCUCAAGUCUGUCGGAGAGGGCCACAGAGAAGCAUCUAAGCAACCAAAUAUGACUUCUAAAGCCAUAGAGAAUGAAACACAAAGAGCUAUAAAAGCAGCUUCAAGAGGGGCUGAAGCAAGAAAACAGCAACUUCAAAAUGAAGCUUUACAUCAGCAGCAAAUUGAAGCACCUAUUAAACAGAAAAGAAAGACAAGAAAUAAAGAAAAUUUAAGGUCAUUUUAUGUAUCAUCUCUGCCAAAGCAUCCACAACUACCUGUAGAUUCAUUAAAACCACAGAAAUCCAGUAAUGAAGUCAGUCCACCAGCUGUCGUACCGCAGGUUUUGCAAGAAGUUCCUAGCAAUUUAGUGGUCUCUCAAGCCUCUUCAACAGGAUCUUUGAUUUCUGAUGAAAAAACCUGAAAACGAAAAAUCUGCUAAAAGAAAUUUAAAUGUUAAAUGUCAAAAUCAAAAGAAAGCAAACAUUACAGAAAAAGUGAUAACGGACCUCAAUCAGGAGGAGGAUAAUUGUAGUUCAUCACCAAAGGAAUGUUGUUGUGACUAUGUUGUCUGCAGUUGUCAUAAUAGUCCUCCAGUCUCUUUCAGAAGACGUUGUCAGUCAGAAACAAGAUUAAGCAGUGAGGUCAGUCUUGAAUUGGGAAUACAUCAUCCACGCAAAACUAAGACAAGAAGUCGUUCUUGCUCUCCAAGAAGUGUUAGAGCUCUUAAUUAUCUUGAUGCUGGUAACCUCUUUGAGAGUAAUCAACGCAAUUUUGUGACUGUAACUCAUCAUUCCUCUCCUCCGAAGUCAAAGGAAGAUUUAGCAACAUUUAUUGAUUUAAAGAAGAAAGGCUGCAGUACAAAGAGUAAUUACACUAAGGAAAUAAAAGAAAAAAUUGAGGAAAGAGGUAAAAAAGCCUUAAAGAGAGAACAUCUCAAAAAAGACUUUCAACAGCUACUCCAUGACUUGAAGAAUCUUACUCGCAGAAAGCAGAUUCUGAAGAGUAGAAUAAAAACAAAACCUAGAAUCUAUCAAAGAGAAAGAGAUGUUUUGGCUAGAAAUGAAAAUAAACAGAAAAAAUUAGCUGGUGCAUUUGAAACCCUGCUUCAUACAGACAAAUCCAAGCAGUCCAAAAUAUCAGGUUCUCCGCAUGAAACAACAUCAAAAACUACUAAUGAUUCCCCACCACCGACUCUAAAUCUUGCGCUGUGUCAACACGUCGACAUGCCACAGCUACCAGUAAUACCAGAAGAUAGUUGUGUUGAGACAGAGAGACAACCUCACAGGACUUCACCCAAGUCAGGAUCUCGAGGAACCAGUUCCAGAUCCCCGUCUCCUACACACUCAGCAGAUCACAGCUACCACGUAAAUUCUCUGGUUUCUGUUCGUACUGAACCUUCUGGAAACAUACAUGUUAUUGUAAAACCACCAAAUAAAGGGGCAAAACACAAGAAAAAAUGUAAAAAGUUUGAGACACCUCCAACAGACUCCAGUACAUCAAGUUACUGUGAUCCACCAGAUCAGUUGACAGCUUCUGAGUUAGAGCUUAUAGAAAAUUUGAAGAAAAUGUUCAAAAAAAACUGA